AUGUACUUGUAUACCCCUCUCACCGUCGCUCGUUCCAGCGCUCAAAGCAGACAUAUCAUCGCCGCCAUCAUCUUGUUUCUUAUCUCGAUUCUGCUGUACACGCUUUCGUUCCCAUCAGAACAUCAUCUUCCCGAACAUGUUCCAUCAUCCACCAAAGCAUCUGCUGAUGCGACCUACUCCGACUCUCAAGCCUCGUCUGUGAAACCGACCCCUUCUUCCAGCGACCCGACGACCGACCUCCGUGAUCAACGUAUACCAUGCAACGGCCCGAGAGGAAAGCUCAUGUCAGAGAGCUACGACGAUCAGAUCCAUCCACUACACUACAGGGACCUCACCUACCCAUCUCCUCUUAGUGGCUCGUAUGAAACACUCAACCUCGACAAGUCCUGGCUUACAGCUGCCGAGAGAUAUGGUCCCUAUGGUCUGGGAGAAGAGGAGGAAGGUUACAGCAGGAGUCGGGUCGAUUGGUCUACCAUCAACUGGGCAGACCUGCAGAACAGCUGCUCCGAAUCCAACCACCAACGACUCCCCAACGCCUACGCUUUCGAUCACGGCCGCCCGAGAUUCACAUACCGCCGAACAUCAUGGAAGGAGAAGUGGCUGCCUUCGUUUCUCACGACCCCCAACAUCAACCCAAGACCGGCGGCAGAAACCUUUCAUCGCUCGGCCAUCGUCGUCCGUGUAUGGUCUACCUACCAAUACACGCCUGAAGACAUGUGGAACCUGAGGUCGCUUGUUGCAGAAACCGCCCUUGCAAGCGGUGGUGAAUAUGCUGUCUUCCUUCUGGUUGAUGUCAAAGAUAAAGAGGCGGGCAUUCACACAAACUCCGAAGCGUAUGACCGUAUCCUGCGCGAAGCAGUUCCGCCUGAACUCCAGGAUGUUGCUGUGCUUUUCGAUGACUCUCUACUGGAAAGCUGGUAUCCUGAUGUCGUCGAGCAUUUGCCCAUCAUGCAAAUUAUGCAGCCUUUGCAGAUAUUUGCUCAGUUCUAUCCUGAGUUUGACCACUACUGGCAAUUGGAAGUGGACUCGCGCUUCUUAGGACACACUGGCGACAUGCUCGACAAGUUCUCGGAUUUUGCUAGGAAUGAGCCACGCAAGCAGGCUAGAGAAAGAGCGUCCUGGGCAUACAUGGCUGACUACCACGGCUCAUACGACGACUUCUUCAACACGAUUGACCGUGUACUGGACGGCAAUUCUUCUGUAUGGGGCAAUAUUGACAUCCAUGACUUGAAAGCUAUUGGUCCUCAACCACCUGUUGAAGAUCCUCACGACGAGCACUUUUCUUGGGGUGUGGGCGAAGAGGCUGACCUUAUCCUCCUCAACACGUUGGACGAUGUUUCACGCAAUGAAGACUGGCUUUUCAAAGGUUGGCAUCACGGCUUCUCUAUGGGCACGGAGCUACCCCUGUUCGUCUCGGUCGUCGCUCAGGGCCGCGCAAGCUGGAAUCUAUUGAACGCAGUUCAUCACGCCCAAGCAUAUGCGGGCAUGCGUAUUCCGUCGGAAGCCACACUACCCAGUUUCGCUCUUUGGCAUGGCCUCAAGAUUAGUGCUCCUCCAUUCCCCAUGUAUCAGUGGCCUGGUCGCGAUCGUCAUGAGAUGGAGUUUGCUCUCAAUGGCGGCGGCUUGGACGCAUUCCCUGAUGCCAUCGCCAAUGGCCCUGCGCGCUAUCGCGGUAGUUCACUGGGCUUCUUCACAAACGGCAUGACCUGGUCAUGGUGGACGACCUUACCUGAAGAUCUGGCAAACCCUUGGUACAUCAACGAAGUUGACAACCCUAUAUUGCCGGAUAUGCUACUGAACGAGGGCGGUAAUUUGUACGCCCCGAACAUCAUGAUACAUCCUAGGAAGACGAACGGCGAGAAGCCGAAGCAUCCUGGACAAGAAAAAUGA